AUGAAAGUAGCUGUUGUGGCCCUUAUUUGCUUCUUCUUCUUGAUCGAUCCACUCGUUUCAGCCACCGAAGAAAAGGAAAAUGCACCAAUGAGUGUCCAAAAUGAUGUGGUCGACUUGUUCCGCCGUGCUGAUGCCAUCGUCCAGCCUCCUGAUGCCCCGACUCUUGCAUUGGAAAUUGUAACUCCGGAAAGUGCCCCUACUGGUGCGCUCAGCCAAAUAAUUGCUGCUGAUCCCAUUGAA